GAUCAUCCGAGUCAUACCAUCUUUGACACCGAUCUGACAUACCUCACUCAUUCUUGCAAAUAUCACAACAUGAUGCUUUCAUCUUAACAAAUCUCCCAUCGCAUCUCGGAGCACAUCAGAUAAGCUACUAGAUUUCGUACAGUUGUCAACGGUCAACCACCAUUUUCAAUACUGUCGUUUAUAUCGCCAAUUUGUGGUAUUGGGAGGGUUUUCCCCCAUGGACACAUUGAUGCCCUUGACGCUACUUGACUUUAAACAGAAAUAACAGUAUACAGUUAACUUUUAUGAACAGUGUACAUCAUCCCCUCUUUUUACCCGUUACAAUCAAAACAUUUUACGAUCAUUGAACAUCAUCACCAUUCUUACCCACUACUUCUUUUAUGAACCUGUCAACGUUAUACCAACGUACCUGCAUCUUCCCCAACGUCAAGACCUCCAACUACCCGCAUCUUCUAGAAGGUCGCCGAACUUCAACAUCCAUCAAAUUUUACGACCGGGGUGUUACGUAAUAUACAAUAGGUCGUAAAAAUCUUACCUAUACUGCUAUACUACUCUUCUGAUGCUCCGAUCAUGGACGUACAUCAUGUACGGUACAUGCUUCGACAAAUCCUAUCCUGCCUAUAGGCGAGUCAGUUUGGCAUUUGGGGCUGACGAUGCGGUGACGAUAAUGUGGUUGACAAUGGCGAUUAUUCAUGUCAAGAUGACGAGGAUACUCCGACAGACUUAUAGACGAAUAUGAGGGGCGUUUCUCCAACAAUUUCGUCCGACAAGUCCUUGAUUAUGAAUGGCUGAGAGGCACUGUUACCAUAGUAACUGUCCGAUAAAACAGUACUUGUCGGAUACACCGUCUGAUGUUCUUUCAUGACACGCUCCCCAGCGGGUCGGGAUUGUUAGGGUGGUGGUGGGGGCGGUGGUAAUGAUGGUGCAGAUUAUAGUGAGAACUGGAGGACGAUAUAAAGAGGUUGUUAGAGGGUUACAAGGACUCUCCGGAAGACCAAUAAGAUUAGUGGGCAUGUUGGGGGUGACGAUAAUGAUAAUAGAGCGGAUGAUGAUGCAAUUGAACGUGGAUGAUGCAAUUAACGUGGAGUGAUAACAGCCUUCAUGUCAGAGUAUGACGGUGACUCUCUGGAAGACCAAUAGAGAAGAAGGAGGUGACGACGAUGAUUAUAAUGAGAGGAUGGUGAUAAAAAUAGGAUGACGAUAAUGUAAAUGAUAGCGACAGUAAAUGGGGGACGAGGAGAAUUGGGAGUAAGUAUUAUCGCAUGAAUAAUGACGGUGUAGAAUGUUGAUGACAGUGACUAAAUUACGAUAUUGUUAUCAUAGUCAGGGAUGAUGUUAAUGACUGCCGAUAAUGAUGAUUACUGUGCCGAUAUUGGAUAUGAAGAUGAAGACAACAACAGUAUCGGUAAAAGGGUGACAAGGACUUUCUGGUAGACCAAAUUGGAUUGGACAUGCUGGGGUGGCGAUGAUAGUGACGAACUGACGAUACGGGCAUGGCAGAUGAUGAUGAUGAUGAGGAGGAGAAGGAGUAGGAGGAGGAGGAUAAAGAUGAUGAUUAUGAUGAUGAUGAUGACAAACGGGUUACAAUAAUGCUGAUGAUAGCGACCGUCAUAUAGGGUCACAGUGCCUCUCCUGGGUCAAAAGAAGGACAAGAAUGUUGGGGGUGACCAUGGUGGCGAUGGUAAUGGCGGUGCUGAUUAUGAUGACGACGCCGUGAUAAUAAUCUUGUUGAAUGUUGUUGAUAGCUAAUUGACUGAUUCGCCCCUGAGUUGUUAUUUAUUUGUUGAUUGUGAAGUCAUCUUUUAAAUUAAUUUAUUUUCUCCCCUUAUAUUAUCAUCCAUGAUGCCUAUUAUCUCACUGUCAAUCAGUCAUAGACCAAGCUUUCGUGCUUCGUUGUCACGUGAUCGUCGUGAUCUCUCUGAUGUUCUUGCGUUCGUUCGCAUGGGUAAGGAAUGUUUGGAUCGGACGCGAAGACGCGCAGUGAUCGUGUACGAGAACGAACCAUUGAGAUUACGCUGCGAUCCCUGUAAUUCUCAUCUUGAGAAGAUACAUUGGACCAAACAACCUCCAGAGAGUGACGAACGUCGAGUGAAAUACGAUAGUCGCUCGGAUGAAUCUCAAGAUCGUCUUGUUCUUGAUGCCGACAUGGCUCUUGAAAUUCGCCGAACCAUUCUUUCGGACGAUGGCGGUAUUUACAGGUGCAAGACGAAACGAGAAUACGGAGAGGAGGAGCUAGGGUAUUAUAACGUGGAAGUCAUCCCUCUGUCACCCAAUGACAUUGAAGAAAUACAAGGAGACGACAAGACACCAAAGGGAGAAGAGGUGAUUGAAAUGAAAGAUAGAACAUCGGUUGAAGUCUACACGCAUUGGUCCGAAUGGGGGCGCUGUAACGCCUGUGAGUCGCAGGGGAGCCGAGUGAAAUUAGGGUACUGUUAUGCAAUACGAGACCUUAAAUAUUAUUCAAGCGGAGUUCCAUGUCAUUCAAUACUUCUUCCAGACGAAAUUAAGAGUCAAAUAAUCAAGAAGAGGAAGAACGUUCGCGUCAUCGAAGAUUGCAUAGUCCCUUGUGACGAGGCAUAUGAGAAAGCUCGAGAUGAAAGCUGGAACGUUCAUGGUGGAGAGAUAGCACAAAUCAAAGGAUUGCAAGGACCAGAAUUGAUAAGACGCGUGGCAAGAGUGGGAUCAACCACAGAACUCCAAUGUCCAAGAGUUGGUCUCGGUAUGGUAGCGACGUGGUACAACGGCACCAGGAGAAUUGAUCAGAAAGAAAUUCUUUCUACGAACGGGAAACUGACCGAAUCUAUUGACGGUUCCCUGGUCAUCGCUGAUGUCCAGAGGUUACAGGCCGGACGAUACGAAUGUCGGGUCGACCGCCAGACGAGAGCUGUCUACAGACUCGUCGUUAUUGCUAGUUUAGCGGCAAGCCAAGAAGAUAUCUUGAAAUCAAUAGUGAUCCUGACAGGAGUUCUUGCAGUAUAUUUCGUCAUAUUUAUCAUCAUGCUCAUAACAAGACACUGUACAAGAGUAAUGGCUCGGAAGAAGAGACGAAGAUGAGCGAUGCUCAUGGAACCUUCACUCUACACGGUGAU